GAACGUUCAGUCUUAUUUGAAAAGCGGUAAUAUGAAAUCAGCGGUGACCAUAACGCUCGCUCUAUUAAUUGCAUCUAGCAGCAGUUCAGUGAUAUCUCGCAUUGUUGGCGGAACCAAUGCACCCACGGAGUCCUAUCCAUAUAUGGUGUCAAUCCGGUUGACUUCAUUGGAAACUACGGGCUUCGGUGACGGAUUUUACUGUCAAGGGGUUCUUGUUUCACCAAAAGCCAUCCUGACCAGUGGUGAAUGUGUACUGAAUGGCAGUGGACUUCGCUUUCCAGAGGAGUUAAGCUUGGUUCUGGGAACAACCUCCAGGGUCAAUGCAAGCGGUGCUACUGGGGUGCAAGCGGAGCGGAUUUGGAUUACCCAAGAUGGCCACCUAGCGAUUCUGAAGCUUGUGCAGGAAGUAUUGGACUUGAGGGCAGUGAUACUGAACGAAUUUCAACAGGAUGUUGGUAAACAAUGUAUUCUGACGGGGUGGGGAGCGAACAGUACCGAAGACAAGCCAGUUGACAGACUACAGGAAGUAUACGUGAGAAUUGUCGAUGAAAAAUGUUCCGAUUCUAUGAUUUGUACCAGCACGGGUAAGGAGAACGUUGGAGUAUGUUCGUGGGACACAGGCAUGCCCUUGCUUUGCGAUGGUUCACUGUCAGGUGUUCUUUUUGGGAAGCCUGAUAAAUGCGGGAUUGAGGUGGCAACAUUUGUCAGUGUUCGCACUCAUUGGGAGUGGAUCAGAUCCCAAAUAGCAGCAGCUAAUGAUGCAAAUUAUAGGGUGUUGACUACAUCUAUGCUGAUUCUUUGUUAUUUGAUGGCUGUCGAACUGAAUAUUACGAAAUAAACUGCAAUGCU